GUGUGCUAUCUGUUUAUGAUUAAAAAUAGAAUGAGUCAUAUUAGAAGUUUACGUUGUACUAUGUCUUGCUUAAACAUUUAUAAUUUGAAACCUUUUGAAAGGCAUAUAUUAAUUAAAAAUGGAUAUAGAGAUGUUCAUCAUUCGUGUAAACUAUUAGUAGUUGGAGGUGGUACUGGAGGUUGCAGCAUGGCUGCAAAAUUUGUUAAUAAAUUUAAAGGCCAAAAUCAAGUUAUUAUAAUAGAACCAAAUGAGAUACAUUAUUAUCAACCAAUGUUUACUUUGAUUGGUGGUGGCAUAAGAUCUUUUGAAGAUUCAAAAAAACCAAUGAAAGAUACUUUACCAAAAAAUGCAAAAUGGUUUCAAGAAAAUGUAAUGAGUUUUGAACCUACACAAAAUCAAGUGACUAUGAGCAAUGGAGACACUGUACAAUAUGAAAUCAUGAUUGUUGCAAUGGGUUUACAAUUACAUUGGGAAAAAAUACCAGGUUUAGUAGAAAGUCUUAAAGAUAAUAUGUCAGGAGUUUGUUCAAUUUAUGGACCUGAUACUGUUACAAAUGUGUUUCCAAAAAUUACAAAAAUUAAGGAUGGUACUGCAAUAUUUACCUUUCCAAAUAGUCCUGUUAAGUGUCCUGGAGCACCUCAAAAAAUUGCAUAUAUUGCAGAAGAGUAUUUUCGAAAUCAAAAAGUACGUGAUAAUGUAAAAGUUGUAUAUAACACUGCUUUACCAGUUAUAUUUGGAGUUAAAAAAUAUGCUGAUGCACUUUGGGAUGUUUGCAAAAAGAAUAUUAUUGUGAAUGUUCAAACAAACCUUGUAAAAAUAAAUCCUAUAACUGAAGAAGCUGUAUUUCAAAAAUUAGAUGGAUCAAAUGAAACAUUUGUUGAAAAGUAUUCAUUACUUCAUGUAUGCCCACCAAUGGGUCCACCUGAUGUUUUGAAAAAACAUCCUUCGUUAACGAAUGAAGUAGGAUUUUUGUCAGUAGAUCCUAAAACUUUGCGUCACACGAAGUAUUUGAAUAUAUAUGGAAUCGGAGAUUGUAUUAGCGCUCCAAAUUCUAAGACGAUGGCAGCAAUAGCGGCUCAAGGAAAAAUACUAUAUAAAAAUAUUACGGACGAUUUAGCUGGUAAACCAAUGACUAUGACUUAUAAUGGUUAUUCAUCCUGUCCUUUAGUUACUGGUUAUAGAAAGUGCAUAUUAGCAGAAUUUGAUUAUAAUUUACAACCAUUGGAAACUUUUCCAGUAAAUCAAGGCCGAGAAUAUUUUUUUACAUUUAUACUUAAAGCUUAUAUAUUUCCGCUUUUAUAUUGGACUUUAAUGACUCGUGGCAAAUGGGAUGGACCUGAAUUUCUACGAAAAUAUUCAGAUGUAAUAAAAAGGAAAGAAGUCAAAAAUUAAAAUAAUUUUUAAUCAAAUGGAAAGUGAAUGUCUUUCAAUUUAGUUGUAUAUAAAUUUAAAGAUCUAUUAUAAUUAAUAAUUUAUUAUUAAUAAAUUCAUAUAUUAUAUAUUAAAAUAAAUAUAUAUAUAUAUUUGAAAAAUAAAA